AUGGUUAAUCACCUUAGUGUUGCCAGGAUAACUUUUUCAACCCCUGACGACUCUCAUCACUAUGGGAUAUACAAGAAAGCGGUAUUUGCCUCAGAGAAACAAGAGGUAGUUACAUGGUCACUGUUCGAGGAGAAGCAGAAAAUCGUCCACAAUUUCCUUGAUGCCAUUGUGCCCAGGCAAAACUCUACUCGCCCUCCUCUGUUUCGCCUCGGGAUCGACGUGUCAUUUCACCUGCGUACCUUGUCUUGUAUCCUAUUUGGAAUCAAUCUACGCCCACUCUUUCGGUCCAAGACAACUCAACCGCCUCUACUACUGAAACAUAUCCCAUGGGCCUUACCCCUAGUCGCAGCAGCGGAAACUACUGCUCCGGCCCCCUUGCGCCCCUCAUGGAGCAGGCCAUGCCCGAGAGGAGACAUCGCAGCGGUUGAGAUUCUCGCUAACCUUACGCAUUGGUUCAAAGUUAUCGACAUCAUUGACCGUCUCGUCGCCAACGGCCUCACAGCUGGAACAAUUGCGCGCAUUAUCACCAGGUUCCAUGCCCUACCAUACAUGGCUGACUAUCCACGCAAUUCCACUACGAAGAUGACGCAAUUCUCCAUACAACGCACUAGUUACGGGAUAGAUUGGGACAUGACUGAUUUGGACGGAAGUGACUUUCUCAAUCCUUGUAGCACAUCGGAAGGAGCGUGGAAACAAGCGCGAUGUGGCGACACUCUUGAUUUGACGCGCUGUGUACUAUAUUCGAUCAAAUAUUCGGAUGAUUGGGACCAAUUCCAAAGCAAUUUGGGGAGGAGCGAGAAAGUUGUCGGCCACCAUCCAAGCACACUUUCAGAGGGCAAAGGAAGUGAUGCUGCCCCGUACCGACUCGAGGCUCCCAAUCUCGGUGCCGGAGGAAGAGGCUAUGUAAUUGGCAAAGUUGAAAAGCUGAAUGAUUUAGACGAGAACAAGGAAGAAGAAGAAGAAGAAGAAGGGAUUCAGACUGUCCUCUACUACAAAUCACUAGACUCAGGCAAGGUUACAAAUGGCGAGAAGGAGAGUUCUGAAGACAAGGGAUUCAAGCUAGCUGUCGAGAAUGACGAUGCAUCCAAAGACAUCCCACAUGACAGUGGUAUGCCUACAGACUCUCUAAACGGUUCUGUCCCUCAAACCUCACCCUCGUCCCUCUAUCAUACAAAGUGCACGCACGUCCAGAGGGACUCAGCUGGCCCAGAAAUUGAACACCCUACCCACCGAUACUCCAAGAAUGUCCCGGUGUUCCUCCAACAACCUUAUACUGACCUUCCACAACACCACCUUAUCAUCGCGAACUCCAAUGUCUUUGUCUUCACCGAAGAAGGAGCGACAGACUGCUCAAAUAUAUUCCCUCCCACGAGCCCUACCAACCGAUUGGUUGGAGGGCAUUCGCUGGGCGAACAACCAGCAUUUUGCGUUUGGGUCGAUGUCGUGGAAUUGGAAGCAUCAGAUCCAGUCACUCUAGUAGAGCGAGGAGGUUUUUGUGAGUGGGAAAAUGCAGGAGGAGGAUGGAAAAGGGUUGAGGUGGCGGUAAGACUAUACGGAGAGGGGUUUAAUGGGUUUAUUAGAUGUCUGAGAGUCCUCACAUUUGAUGGAGUUAAUAGGAUUUUAGAGCAAACCUUGGAUCAAGAAGCCACGAUACUAUUGUGUGACAUUACAAUUUUGUUGAAUAUUUGUUUUGCUUCUCUAGAGGCGCAGGAAAAUACAAUAUCACACUAUCACGGGCAUGAAAUCACACCAUCACAUGGCAACAUGAGUCCUCCAAGGAGGCUUUCACUUCACGCCCCAACCUCGCGAUGGACUUGGGAGUUCUUUCUUCGCCCUUAUACCUUCAACUGCAACAUUUCAACCGAGUUUUUGACUUCGACCCCAAAACUUGAUUCUACCGUAAGAAUGGUGGGCCAUCACUUCGCAGGGACCUUUGACUCCUUCGGGAGAAAUGCGCCUUCAAAAAACGUGCCAUUCCCAGAGUCCGCCAACAUCACUGCCGUCGAGCUUCUCACCUUUCUCCCCCUCUCACUCAAGUCGCCAGAUGUCGUAUUCCGUCUCAUCUCAAACGGCGGCUCCCGUUUCAUCAACAAAAUCGUCAACACCGUCCGCGAGCUCGAGCGACCGUGGCCUAGCAACUCAUGCGGAAUCAUGUUGAGGAACACUAUGAGGCAGUCCGGUUAUAAGAAUUGGUCGAUCACGACCCACGAGAAAUGGCACAAAAAGGUCGCGGCUGAGUGGGACGAGAAGAAAUUGAACGUGGCAGGCUUCCAAACCCCCUCUGAGAAGCUUCAGAGGUCACCUCCACGUCUGCCGAUUCCGUUCGCGGAUCUAGCUCUCGAUGUCAAGAAGUUUCCAGAAGGCGACGAUGCGCUGGAUCUUACGCGAAUGGUUAAAUUUGCGAUGGAGAAUCCGGAGGAGGAAUAUUGGUAUCCUACUGAUUACGAGAAACUCCUCAAGCAUCUGGGCGGCCCGCUCGAGGUGAAAGAUGAGCAUACGGACCGUCAAGUGUUUAAGCGCUGGGAAGGUGUGUCUUCUCCAAUGAAGCCGAAACAGACGCCCACACCGAAGCGAAAGAGGACUCCGAAGAUCGGGGAGAAGCGGUCGCGCGGUAGACCUAGAAAGCGCCUCAGACUCACUGAGUCGGCAGAGCCUGGGUCGCCAGACCUGGACGCUCUAGAGUCAGAGCCAGAGCUAGAACUGGAAUCCUCGUCUGAAGUGGAGCUCAUACCAAUCAUGGAGGUCAAUAAGGAAGAGAAGCACACUGAAUCGCAGCCCAGAGUCUACAAGUACUAUUGGCCGCUCCAAUUUGGCUUCCCACCACCUCCAAGUGAGUCUCUUUCCGACGAGACAUUGAGUCUCCUCUUCUGGGCCGAGGGAGACCCCUUUGAGACCGACCCACUGAGUCCGUAUGCAUAUGGAGGGCCCCGCCGCUUUCCCCCGUACCGGGAACUGUAUAGGCUCAAGGAACCCCAUCCGGAUGAUAUGAGUGGAUGGGCAGAGAACGUCAGGUGGGCAAAAGAGCAGGCCUUCGUUUAUCGAGUUGGGUCAUGGAAUGAGAGUCCCGACCACCAGGGUCUCAUAUUCAGCUAUCGAAAGCAGCAGGCCUGGUAUUCCAAGGAAUUCAUCGAGGCAGAUAUGAAAGAGCAGGAGCAGAAGAAGUUGGAAGGGGAGCGGCAAAUGCACGAAUAGAACGUGCCGGAGGUUUCUCGCACUCACCAGGUGGUGGAUGAUCAUUACUCUGGUUGGCGGAACUAAAUGAAGAGGGCUAAAGUACGAGGAUGCUCGAUUGGGCAAAACCAAGCGAUGCAGAUGGUUUGU